AUGGAGGGGGGUGAGCAGCGUGUGAACGAAACCUCUCCCUUAGUGGGGCGUUGCAGUACUCCAGAUGAUGCCAACAUGGAUUCGGUAACAUCUGUGAGAGCUCCUGUGCAAGGUAAUAGAAACACAAGCUCUCGGGAUGUCUCCGAGACGAAGAGCAGUUGGUAUUUGUUCUUGUUGACACUCAGCCUUGGAGGACUUCAGAUUGUAUGGUCGGUUGAGCUAGGGAGUGGCUCGCCGUACCUAUUAUCAUUAGGGAUGAGUAAGGCUCUCCUUGCGUUUGUUUGGAUUGCGGGUCCAAUCACAGGUACCUUGGUACAGCCAUAUAUUGGCAUCUGUAGCGACAACUGUCGUGUAUCAUGGGGUAAAAGGAAGCCCUUUAUGAUUGUUGGCGGCGCGGUAACAAUCGUGACUCUUCUUGCACUUGCCUGGGUUAGAGAGUUCGUUGCAGGAUUUCUCGGGAUAUUUGGUGUUGAUCCAAACUCUUCCGAAGCCAAGAAAGUAAUCAUCAUUGUAGCAACUAUUAUGAUGUAUUGCUUGGAUUUUGCGAUAAACACGGUGCAAGCUGGAAUCCGGUGUUUCAUUGUUGAUAAUGCCCCGGCCCACCAACAAGAGUCUGCGAACGCUUGGGCUAGCCGGAUUACCGGUGUAGGAAAUAUUAUAGGAUUUAUUUUGGGAUAUGUCGAUUUGCCUAAAAUAUUCCCUUUUCUAGGGUACACACGAUUCCAGGUGCUUUGCUCACUGGCUUCGGUAUCUCUUGGAGUGACUCUAGUGAUCAGCUGCGUGUACAUCAAAGAACGGGAUCCGCGAUUGGAUGGCCCACCCCCAGCAGGAACUCCAGGCGUUAUUGCAUUUUUUAAGCAAGUCUUCAAGUCGAUUCAAAAUUUACCACCCCAAGCUGCGAAAGUUUGUGAAGUACAAGUGGCCGCGUGGAUUGCGUGGUUCCCUUUCCUCUUCUACGCUACGACCUAUAUUGGGCAACUCUAUGUCAAUCCGAUCCUCGAGGACCAUCCAGGCCUCUCAGACCCUGAUCUUGACAAAGCAUGGGAUGAAGCAACGAGGGUUGGGACCUUUGCCCUUCUUAUUUACGCAAUAAUCUCGUUUAUUGCUAAUAUCACCCUCCCAACCUUUGUUGUUCCAACCUACAACCCUCUUGCUGGUGCUAGACUCGAGGACCAUGCAGAAUCGGAGCCUUGCUUAGGAGAGGAGAGAGCGUCUAUCUCGGAUGUUCCGGUUGAACUGUCUCCAAAUAUGCCAGGCUAUAAAACAGAUACUUCUGCGGAAGGAUCGGGUUGGCUAUCAAAGCUGCAGACUGCAUUGCAGAUUCCCGGAUUUACAUUGCGGCGCGCGUGGCUCUUGUCGCACAUACUCUUCGCUCUGUGCAUGUUUAGCACCUUUUUCAUCUAUUCCGUCCAUGCGGCAACAGUCGUCGUAGGCCUGGUUGGGAUCUCCUGGGCCAUGACACUCUGGGCACCCUUUGCGUUGAUCUCUGCAGAGGUGGCCUGCAUUGAUGAAGAACGUCGGAUCCGCCGAAAUCGGUCAGAAUUAGCGACACAUGAGGAGCAGCGGGCGAUGGUCAGUGCUGCUCAAGCCGAUCCUGUUACGGGUCGCGAUGAUCUAGAGACGGGGGCCGCUCCACGGUUCCCCAAGGCCGAAGAAGAUGACGAAAACUUCGCCCAAGCAGGAAUCGUUCUUGGAUUACAUAACGUGGCGGUCUCCGCACCGCAGAUCUUGUCGAGUCUGGUGUGCAGUGCGAUCUUUGAAGUCUUCCAGAAACCGCGAGGAGAGCCCUGGGAUGAUAGUGUAGGGUGGGUCCUGAGAUUUGGUGGGUGCGCGGCAUUACUUGCGGCGUGGUUGACUAGUCGGCUCGCGGAGGGAAUACACGGAGCGUAA